CCUGGUCACACUAAUUCCCCGGCGUUCAUGUUUGUUUUGAUUUUGUUUUCCGCCGUUUAUUUUGAUUUCUCGAGAGGAUGAACCCCCCGCCAUGCUGUACACUCUAGUCCGGGUAGCCGAGUUUGUGGACCAGUUCCUGCUGCGUCCGCUGGCCAGCGUAAUCGAUGCGGUGGUUACCGGCGUCUACUACUUCCUGUGGGGAAGCUACUUUGUCGGCUAUUGCCUGGUGGAGGGCAGCACCUUGGCAUGGAAUCUGGUGAGAUCCACGGUCAGCGAUGUUCACAGCGGCUGCUGCGGCCUGCGCCUCAUCACGCUGGAUGUGACGGAGUACUUGUAUGGUGGCACCAGGGGUGGCCUUAAGAAUGCCUGGGAUUUCGGACAAGCCGUUGGCCGGUUCUUCUGCAAUCUGCUCAUCGAACUGGGCGAUUGCAUCUUGUGGGUGCUAUUGCUGCUCCCAAGGACCAUACUCUUCAUCGUGGACUGCCUUCUGGACUUUGUGUUUCACUCCAUCGUGGCCCGUGGCCUCAGCCUGCUGAACAGCGCGUUCCGGCUCUCGAUCGGUUUGUCCGUGCUUCUUAUUCUCUACAUGUUCCGGCGCUACGUGUACCUGCUGCUCAUCUACCUGCUCCAACGUGCCCGCAUCGAGAUCUCAACAAAGACGCAAAGCGUUUACCUAUGGACUGAUCAGCAGUUACAGCGAUUCAGGCAGAACGUGCGGAAUGAUCCAGGUUGCGUGGUCUGCAUGGAGCGCACCCGGAACAUCGUGAUCAUGCCCUGCCGGCAUCUCUGCCUCUGCAAGGAGUGCUCGCAGCAACUGCGACUUCGCUUGGAGCACCGCUGUCCUGUCUGCCGCAACGACAUCAUUUCGUUUCUACCGGUCUACAUUUAAUACUUCCUAUUUUUAUAAAUUUUCUAGAGCUUAUCAUAUUUGUACAUAAGACUGCCAAUUGGAAAUAGCUUUUAAGAAUCCCAUAGCGGACUAAGAAUUUUACCGAAUGCCUAUGGUUCAAGACAAUCAGAGCAAAAAAUGACAUCCUAUUUGGACAGCUGGAAAAAAUGUUAUAACCACAAUACUUAAAAACCUGAAACAAAAUUAAAAUUAUUACAAGAGAGGUUUGUCCAAAGACUGCAUAAUCGCCAAAAUAGACAAUAUAUUUCAACACAGCUCCCAAAAAACGUCUUAAAUAACAUUCAAAACUAAAUUGUUUUAUGUAUUUAUUUCAAACCAAUGAAAAUAUACGAUUUGUUUUGUAUACAUUUAUGUAAAUACGGUUUGGUUUCUCGUAUAACUAAUUUGCUCAAAAGACAGAUAUAGAAAAAACUUUUGUUUUGGGCUUACAUCUUUAUUUAAAUUAAAUGUAAAUUUAAAUUUAAAUCGAAAUGAAAUGAUUCGCUUUGCUUGGUAUCUUAUUGCAGAGUUAAUUGAAUUGCAAGUAAUAGGUUUUUU